AUGGCUUCAUAUCUAUUUCUCGCCAUAAGCGCACUACUUUUCACUGUUCAAAUCAUAAACGGAUAUCCAAGUGGUGCACCGAAAAAAAUAUGCACAGGUUCAAUGUUACCUCAUCAUCGUCAUUAUUCACCACAACCAUUAUCGACAAGUCCAAUCACUAAAUUCAAUACAACAUGGAAUCCCGAUGGAGAAACCAUAUCGAUCACGAUCGAAUCGAAAGAAAAGAUCAGAGGUAUAUUUAUUCAAGGCAGAAAGUUGAAUGGCGAUGAACCACUCGGUACAUUUAUUGAUAUUCCAUCGGGUACACACGUUGUCGAAUGUCCAACUGGUAAUGGUUUAACACACAGUUCGCGUCAAGAAUGGAAAGAAUUGAAAUUCAAAUGGAAAAAACCAUCAUCAAUGAAAACGAAAGAAACUGUUCAAUUCUGGGCAACGGUUGUGGUUGACUUCGCGCAUUUCUGGCAAGUGAAAAGUAUUUAA